AUGCCAAAGAACUUUACGCUACCCACCGCACUUGAACCGUAUAAGGGGUUCGGAGAUCCCCGAGCCCACGUGAAGAAGUUCCAAACAAUGAUGUUCUUCAACAGUCCUAACAAUGAACCCGUCCUCUGCCGAGCAUUCCCCACUUACCUCGAUGGUGCUACAUUACUCUGGUUUUCUAAACUUUCUGCAGGUUCAAUUUCCUCCUUUGAAGAUCUAGCCAGGUCAUUUAUUGAUUACUUUGCCGCAUCAAGGAUAUAUGUGCACAGAUCAGAUUAUCUCAGCACCAUCAAACAAGGUCAGCACGAGAGCUUGAAGGACUACAUGACUAGGUUCGCAAACACCACUAUGGAGAUCCAAUACCUGUACCCUGCCCUCCACCUGCUUGCCCACAAGGCUGGCCUCAGGCCCGACAAAUUCCGGGAGACCAUUGCUAUAACAAAACCAAAGACGCUAGAAGAGUUCCGGGAAAGGGCGGCAGGUCAAAUGGAGAUCGAAAAACUCCGCAAGGCCCAAAAAUCUGACAAACAACCACAUCGGAGAGAUGAAGAAAGAGCUUUCAGAUCACCAGGCAACAAAGAUACUAAGAAGCCUUUCAAACUCACACCGAAAUACAACACAUAUACCAGAUUCAAUACCAAGAGAGAAAACAUCAUCAGAGAAAUUCUCAACGCCAAAAUCAUAAAGCCACCAGCUCGAGUAGGGAACUACCAGGAUCAAAGGUUCGUGGAUAGGACAAAGCAUUGUGCGUUCCACCAGAAGUUCGGCCACACCAUGGACGACUGCAUUGUCGCAAAAGACCUCCUAGAAAGGCUGGCGCGCCAAGGACUUUUGGACAAAUAUGUCGAGAGCCAGAAGGCCAGAAGAGGAAACUCGAACAGGGAGAAGAACAAACAAGCAGUGGCGGACAAUAACAAAAAAGAGCGGACAACUCCUGAUCCGCCAAGAGGAAUCAUUAGCCACAUAUCGGGAGGAUUCGCAGGCGGAGGUGAAACAAGCUCGGCCAGAAAAUGCAGUUAUAGGGCAAUGCUGGCAAUCGAGGGAACUCUGCAGCCAAAGAAGAAGGAAGACCCAGACGUCACAAUAUCCUUCAACCAAGCAGACUUCAGAUCGGCAAGUCCUAACCUCGACGACCCCGUGGUAAUUUCCAGCCAGAUCGGAGAACUGUUGGUAAGAAAAACAUUGCUGGACCUAGGUAGUAGUGCCGAUGUUUUAUUUUAUUCUACCUUUAAAAAGAUGAAAUUAUCAGAAAAACUGAUACAGCCCUCUUCGGGAGAGCUAAUUGGGUUCUUCGGAGAGAGAGUCCCCAUCAUGGGACAUAUAUGGCUAAAGACCACAAUGGGAGAAAUCCCUAUAUCAAAGUCCAUUGAUAUUCAAUACCUAAUAGUAGACUGUUAUAGCCCUAAUAAUAUUAUAAUUGGGAAACCCGCCUUGAAUAUAUUCAGAGUGGUGGUGUCCACAUUACACCUGUGUGUUAAGUUUCCAGUGCAGAAAAACAAGAUAGCUACAGUGUACGCCAAUCAUCAAGAAGCUUGGCAGUGCUACAAUGCCUGCCUAAAGCAAGCCCAUACACGGGAGACAGCUCGGUCCCAGGUCCAAGCCAUACAUAGCUCGGCCAAUGGACAACCUCCACCAAUUAACGCUAACAUCAGAUGA